UGCUUGCUGCCUGUGUCUCAAAUCUGGCGUCACUGAUCCGAGUAUGAUAACGUUGUGUAUGUGUGUACGUAUCGUGUGGCGCAUGUCAAAUCUCGUGUGCCGCUAUCAGCUCGUCUGUCGGUGGGAAGGUAUUUUUUGUGAUUUCGAAAUGACGUUCAUAAAUUGUUGGUAGAAAUAAGUGUUCAGGACUGGAAAUUACCGCAGCGUCGUUUCGACCGGAACUGUAAGGAUGGCGGAAUCGAACGGACCAAUUCUUCACGUCAUUGUUGUCGGAUUUCAUCACAAAAAAGGCUGCCAGGUUGAAUACUCGUUCCCACCCUUGGUGCCUGGUGCGCCUAAUGAGUGUCCUUUAGGAUGGAAGUAUUUGCCUACGCUCGCCUUACCCGAUGGUUCUCACAACUACGACGAAGACACUGUCUAUUUCCAUUUACCUAGUCUCAACGAUCCAAAACGCACGAUAUAUGGCAUUUCAUGUUUUCGACAAAUACCAGUUGAGAAACUGAAAAACCGCACAUCUGACAUAACAAGGGGCACUGUUCAAAAAUCAGUUUGUGUGCUGAGUACUUUGCCUUUGUACGGACACAUUCAAGUGAAAAUGGCCCUAAUAACGCAUGCAUACUUUGAGGAAGGAGAUUUUAGUAAAGUGUCUUUAUUGGAGGAUACUUAUCAUCAUCUUAAUUCGUGUAUGAGUGGCGAUAGUCAGAUACCACCACAAAUUUUUGUUGGUUUAUCAGCAAGAGAUUUUAUACUGCAAUUUCGUCACAAAGUAUUGCUCUUAUUUAAACUACUUUUGCUUGAGAAAAGGAUAGUUUUUUAUCAAUCGCCUGUGCAGCCAUUAUGUGCCACAAUAUUGACUCUAUUGUCAUUGUAUCCUGGCAUGAUCGAGCAUGGUCUUCAACAAGCGGCUUGUGUCAGACCAUCCAGGCCAAUGUCUCCGAUUCCAACUUUUGACGAAGAAGAAAUCUCGACAAGCAAUAUUGUAGAUUCCAAUUUAUCGUCCACCCAUAUUGUCAAAGAUAAUAUGUCAAACUCAAGCGACGAGCAGUGCAAUGAUAACAGUAACAGAAACUCUUUAUGUAUCAAUGACAACAAAACUAUGGAAUCUAUGGAGGGCAAAUGCUUGGACGGACUGCGACACAUAACUUUACAGAAGAACAACAAUGACAAUGAAAACCUAAAUAUAAAGGUUAUUGAAAUCGAGUCGGCGCAAGAGUGCACUGAAUCCUAUCUGGAAGACAGUAACUCGAAAUACUCACCGAAGCCAAAUGAUAAUGUGCAUAGGGUGCACAGUGUAAAUGCCAUUACGUUAAGUACGGGUGACACGGAUAAUAGUUUACCUCGCGACACAAGUAGCGAUGCGCUCUCUGACGCUAGAUUAACGAACAGCAUCACGCAAAUUGCACACAUUAAUCCGGAAUUAUGCGGCUUACCUUUAGAACUAUUUACAAAGGGAUAUCUUUGCUUGCCCUAUCUGUCGUUGCCCUAUUUGGAUCUCUUAGGAGACGUUAAUGUUAGAGGAUACAUAGUAGGCGCUACAAAUGUGCUAUUCAAACAAAAGAAGCAACUCAUCGAUGUGCUAGUCGAGGUCGAAAACACACGGAUAGAAGCGACUGAUCCCGAGUUAAGACGACAACUGCACCUUACCACUGAAGAUCUGAGAUUCGCUGAUUAUGUUGUAAGGCAUGUGGCCGAGCCUCGGAAGGAUAUAUUUCUAGACGGAGUAGGAUGGGAGGGCGGUGACGAAUGGAUCAGAACGCAAUUCCGGGUGUACCUGUUGAGCAUGCUGCGUACCUCAAUGCAACAAGACACCCGCCAAUCGGAUCACUACAACGCAGCGUUCAUGUCCGCGUGGCGCAGUACAAAUAAUUAUAAGGCGUGGUGUAACGUGAGCAAGCCGGAGAUGCUUAAUAUUGAACCCGGUCAUCCUUUUGCUGGUCAGCUGUCAGUUCAAGAUAUGAAGCUGCGUUUAUCGCAUACUAUGCAAAAUACAGAAAGUGGCAGAAAGUUGAAUCAAGCAAUGGCAUCAACUGGGCGCGCUGUAGCAACCACGGGGAAAGCCGUAGGGGGAGCAUUGUCACAAGCGAAGGGCGCAUUCUCAAACUGGUGGAGCACACUGACGACAGUUCAGCCGGUCGACGAAGCAAAGAUUGACAAUCAAACGGCAAACAACGCAGUGUCUGGUAUUAUGGAUAAAGCGUCUAUCGAAGACGAGGAGAUGAAUGUCUCUACUACCAAUAACGCAGACAUUAGCGUAGACCUUGAUUAAUAUAAAAAUUUAUGCCAAUGGAAAGCGACCGUGAACGAUCGGAACUAAAAAUAUAAGACGGGUACCGGUGAAGAGCAUAAAUAAUGAUAAAGAUAUGUAAAACCGACGCAAAGAAUUUAUUCUAAGCGAGUAAAACAUGCUUGUGUGCUAAAAGGCCGAAUCUUUUAAAACAUCUCAGUUUUAGCGGAAAGAAGUGUGACAAAAAAUUAAAACCGUAUGUACAACUUAUUAUAUUAAUAUGAUAUGCAGUUUCACAAGGUGAUUCUUUAGAUCUGCAGACAAUUACUAAAGGUUACAAACAUGAUAUAUCGCUGAUUUAAAUAUAAUUUUGUAAUUUUUGCCAAAUAUUGUAUAUAAUUUCCAUAUACUUUAUAUGUGAUAUUAUUUCG